AUGAAUGAAUCUCACAUACCCAUAGGAGGGGGAAGUUGUAUGCAGAGAAUAGAACACAAACCAGUCAAGCGAGAGAUGCAGACUCGGAAAACUGUGGCUUCUGGCAUCGGUGUACGCCUGGCUCUCGCGCCUGCGGGUGACUGCAGCAAUACAUCGGCAACUCUACCGAACAUCAUCUUCAUCUUGGCUGAUGACUUCGGUUUCCAUGACGUCGGUUACCAUGGUUCUGCAAUUAAGACUCCAUGGCUGGACAAACUUGCCCGCUGAGGCGUGAAGCUGGAGAAUUACUAUGUCCAGCCGAUUUGCACCCCGACGAGAAGUCAACUGAUGAGCGGUCGAUACCAGAUUCACAAUGGUCUUGCGCACGGAGUUAUCCAUGCAGUCCAGCCAAACUGCCUCCCUCUAGAAGACCCGACCCUCGCCGAUAAACUCAAGGAGCUCGGCUACGCCACGCACGCAGUCGGCAAAUGGCAUCUUGGCUUCUACAAGAAAGACUGCUGGCCCACCAGGCGUGGCUUUGAUACCUUCUUUGGCUUUUACAGUGGCAGUCAACACUACUACACUCACCGACGCGGCUGCAUGUGCCAGGCUUCGACUGCGAUGGCCAUUUCUAAGGGCUACGACUUCCGAAACCAAGAGAAAUCCGCCCCCAGGUACGGCGGCCAGUAUUCAACUCACCUCUUUGCAGAGCGAGCCCUUCAAAUUCUGGACAACACUCGACCUAAAAAGCCAUUCUUUCUAUACCUACCAUUCCAAGCCGUCCAUUCACCCCUGGAGGUGCCGGAGGAGUACGUGGAGCCAUACAAAGACGUCCAGGAUCUAGACCGUCGGCUGUACUCGGGCAUGGUGGCCUGUAUGGACGAGGCUAUCGGCAACAUCACGCAAAAGAUGACUGAACUGGGACUAUGGGAGAACACAGUCCUAAUAUUCUCAACAGACAAUGGAGGCCAGAUCCACCAAGGCGGCAACAACUGGCCCCUCCGAGGCUGGAAGCUGUCUCUGUGAGGGGGCAUGCGUGGCGUGGGGUUCGUCCACAGUCCCUUGUUGUCAGACAGUGUCAAAGGGACUACAAACCGUGAACUGAUUCACGUCAGUGACUGGUUCCCGACCCUGGGGCCGGGAUAG